AUGCUUAGUUUUUGGCGUAUCGCCAAAAUCAAGGACGACGCAUCGUUGCAAGUGUUCUAUUUCCUCCGAAAUUCGACAUAUAUUGAUUUGUAUGUGGAUUUGGAGGUGGCGGGUACUUCUAGGUCCCAUUUGAAAGUAGGGACAAGAAGUGGUAGGCCGAAUGUGGAGAAUGUCGAUUACAUGAAAGAUGAUGAUGUGGGUGGACCGAUUAUGGAGGAUGGCGAUCACAUGAAAGAUAAUCACGCAGAAGAUAAUGAGGACUACACAUCGAUAAGUGAUCAAAGCGAUGAAAACCAAUCAAUAUCCGAAGGAAGUCGGGAGAGUGAUGAAGAGGUCGAAGACAAAUUCGCCACAAAGCACAAGCACAUAUAUCGUUCACAGGGUACAUGGGAUCAUACAAAAGUGGACAAGGAUGAAUUUCAACUUACCAUGUGGGACGGGACAACCGCAACAUCCGGGAUAGGGACUUAUUUCAAGAAUAAGGAAAAAGUAAAAAAUGGUAUUGCAGUGUGGAACAUAGAGCAAAAGAGAGAGUUUUAUGUGAAGGAAAGUGAUGGUUCAACAUGGUAUAUUUGGUGCAAAUCUCUGAAAGAGUCAACCCCUAAGGGUUAUGUUCCUUGCCGUUGGAUAGUACGUGCCUCUUUGAGAGACAACGAUUUGUGGGAGAUUGUGAAAUGGGUGCCCGAGCACAAUUGUAUGAAUGUUACCGAGGAAAAUAAUAAUCGAAAUGUGAGCGUAACGCUUAUUGCUCAUCUCAUAAAGCAUAAGGUUGAGUUGGACUCGUAUUAUGAAGUGAAGCUCGUUCAGGAAGAAGUGAAAGACCGUAUACAUGUCGAUGUUCCUUACCACAGGGCAUGGGAGGGAAGGAGAAAAGCCAUCGAUCUUGUUUACGGUGACUGGGUUUCCAAUUUUGACAUACUUCCAAGGAUAAAAAAAAUGGAGGGUUCGAGCUCCUCGCAACCUACACUGCAACAUUUUAAUCCGGCUCCAAUAGAUGACUCGUUGUUAUACCUUUAUGACCAUCAUAGGGCAAAAGCCAUUUUCGAGAACCAUGAGGCGUUCAGUAAAACCCUUAAAGAGUACCCGUUAAUCAAUGACAUUGAUCGCUGGAAUGCGAUACACCACGGAUGCUUUGGGACUGGAAAGGCAUAUGAUGAUUGGGUGCAAAAAUACACCGAGGUACGACCACAUUGGAAUGCGAGAGAUCAGCACGUGGUCCCUCAUGAAUUGGUUGAUCCGGAACUAGGUCCUCAGUGCACAUCAGACUACAUGCCGUGGUUUCAAAAGAAAACUAUCAGAUUUAUGACUGAUCCCACUCAAUACGGUCCUCUGGCACUGGGUUAUCACUCGUCUUCAUUUCUGGAGAGAUUUUAUUCUUCAAAUCUCAGCAACAUAUAUCAUCUCGCUGAUGCAGCUUUACGGGAAAAUCCAGGCCUCGGUAGUAGUCUAGAGGAUAAACUCUUCCAAAUCUUCGACAAGAGUUUCAGUGCCCUGACUGUGGGCCCACGUGAUAUGAGCACUCAGCCCGAUACUCAGGUUCUUCAAAAAAGACCCCCGAAGUCAAGUCAACAUGUUGUGCUCACGCAGAAAAUAACAUCGAAAUCUACUGGAGGAGGAAGGAGGAAGCGACAGGGAAUUUCAGAUCGAACAAUCAUAGUUCAUCCAAAUCCAACUCCGAUGCAAGAAGAUGAUGAAGGCAAUGAAAGCGAUGAGGAUUACUACAUUGGGGGCGAAGGAGAAUAA